CAUUUCAGGUAAGUUGAGAAGACAUGCCAUUGUGAAACUAAUCUGAAUAUUUUAAAAUACACUGAAAAAUAGCGCUUAACAGCAAUGGAAAGCCCAAAAAAAAUCAAUCGUUGCCGUAAAAAAACUACUAAUCAACGGAAAAAACAAAAAGGAGAUACUGAACAGAUAACAACAGAACCAUUCGGAAGUAAGUUAUCACCAUUUUUGGACAGGCUUAUUAAAUCCGGACACAUUAAGGAAUUUGAAAGUGACUCUUCGGAGUCAGAAUCUUCAGAGGCUCUUGAUGAAGAGACUGCAUCCGAAGGUACUGGUGAUAAAGAGGAUAAUAAGCAGAAAGUAAGAAAAAGAAAAACAAAACGCGCUAAAAAGAUGAUAAUUGAGUCUGAAUCCGAGUCUGAAUCAAAUUCAUGCUUUAGUUAUACAACGACUAAAGAGGAAUGCAAACCUAAUAAUAUAUAGGAAUAAGCACUAAACAAUAAAACGAAGAAGAUGACGUCCUUUAAUACUAGAGUCAAAACAAAAUUUAUUCCACCACCAGCAUGGCUUAAGCCGAAAUACGAUUGUGCAGAUAUGAGACUACCCGAAUUAUUUCUGUAUUUAAAAAGGAAACUAAGGGCUAUCCAUGCCGAAAUUAAAAAAUUUCUAAAAAAGUCUAAAAAGAAACAAUUCAGAACUCGUGAACUUAAAUGGAAAAUCCGAAACAUCAUUCUCGAUAUGAAAAAGGUUGAUGAUAUGAGUUACUCGUUAGCGCAUUAUAGUAUUCCAGUUAAUUUCCUCCGAAAGGUCAAUGAAAAUUUAGCUUGUGGUUUGCCUGUACUUAGUAACAUUCAACGUCCUAUACCUGAAAUGACACUUCACAGCAAACUCUGCAAAGUUUUCCUUAAAUGCGGAUGGAUAUUUCUUAAAAGAACGUUUCCUGAAGAAGGCUACAAGUGUAGUUUAUAUCGACAAAUUAGAAAAUAAUUUUUGUAUAUUAUAAGAAAUAUUUU